AUGGUAGUCGCCGAAGCGACCCGCAGCAACGUGGAGCAUGAGCGUUUGCUCGAAUUGGCAAACAAGCAAGUCUCUUGUAUAGAACGCACGCUGGCGUUGUUGGAGGGUUUUAGCCCCAAGAGCAAACGACGGGCUGGCUUUAUUAUCAGCAGUGGCUCUCGUGCGUAUCGUGAGCUCCUGCAGUUGGUGUUGACCCGAAUUGAAGUGGCGCAGCAGCAAAGUGCGGGUGCAUGCGGAGAAGAUGAACAAGAACAACUGCCAGCGGAAUCAAGUUCAAGUUCGCAUGACGUGGCCGAUCAAAGUCGUUAG